AUGUCCGCUCAAUCGGAAAAAUUGAAGAUACCCCAAAAUCAACCAUUGGAAUAUGAACGGAAUUUACAACACGAAAAGGCACAAUCGAAAGCGAAAUCCGUAAAGUCGAAUAAAACGAAACAACUACAGCUUAAACUAUUAGAAGAGGAACGAAAAUUGCAGUUAGAGGAGGAGGCAAAUAAGCGGAAAUAUUUAGCAACAAAAUACGCUCUAUUGAAGGAAAUCGAAAAUGAGAAACCUCCAUUCAACAACGAAGAAGAACAUUCCUUUGAAAAGGUCCAGGAAUGGCUCGAAAAAACCGAUUUAGCUACCGCGAAUCAGGGCUUAGAAGAGCAUAUAGUAGCUAACCCACCGGAACGUGAAUCAGUUCGACCUGAUGCAUCAGUCCGUCAAGAAACCGUCGUUCCCAGUGUAAAAAAUUCACUGCUUAGUCCGGAAGAGUAUCCAACGGAUUGUCUUCUCACCCGUAGACAACUGGCCGCGAGACAAGCGGUAUCAAACGAGCUGCCAACAUUCUCUGGUAACCCAGAAGAAUGGCCAAUCUUUCUGGCCACGUUCAAUAAUACCACCCAGCUCUGCGGAUUCUCAAACGACGAAAAUCUAUUUCGCCUACAAAGAUGCCUUAAGGGCAAGGCAUAUGAUGCAGUUAAACGGUUCUUAUUGUUUCCAACGAAUGUUCCUCGCAUCAUAUCAACCCUAAAAAUGUUGUUUGGACAACCAGAGGCUAUAAUUCUCAGCCUUAUCAACAACAUAUCUAAUAUACCUGCACUGCGUGAGGAUACACUUCAGACACUCGUGGACUUCGCUAUUUCUGUUCAAAAUCUCUACGCGACGAUUGAAGCUUGUGGAAUUCACGAAUACAGCUGUAACCUAUCUUUGCUUCACAACCUUGUUGAUAAAUUACCAACAUCAAUGAAAUUGUCCUGGGCAUUACAUAAACAAUCAUUACCAGUAGCCAAUCUUGAUGCAUUUGCUGCAUGGAUUUUUAAACUUGCAGAAGCCGCUAGCUCAGUCAACUUACCGAGUAUCCCACCAUCAGAUGUAAAAUCAAUUAGGAAACCCACUACCUUCGUGAACACGCACAGUAACGUCAGCUCGCCGGACCAAUAUGACAAACACAUAAAUCAUAAUACGAAUAAGCCAUCAUACGCUGGAUCAUCCCCAUCGUGCAUCGUGUGCAAAGCCAAUUGCACUACAAUCGAAAAAUGUAAACGAUUUUUAGAGUUGAGCUACGAUGCUCGUUGGGCAACUGUUAAAGAAUGCAAUCUCUGUAGAAAAUGCUUAAAACCACAUAAAGGCGGCUGCAGAAUAAAUAAACUUUGUGGAAUAAACGGAUGUAGUUUCAAACACCACGAACUAUUGCACAAUGAUCAAAAGGAUCAAUAUCAAAAUAGAAACGUCGAACCAACGAAUCCUCAAUUUGAACCGCAACCAUCCACCAGUCAAGUCGCUCAAAACUAUAGUCAUCAGAGUGUGGCGAGCUCGGUACUUUUCAAAAUUGUUAAAAUUGUCCUCUACGGUGUUGGCACUCGAGCAGAGAUUUACGCGCUGUUGGAUGAUGGGUCAUCUGUAACACUGCUAGAGCAGAAUUUGGCGGAUGAAUUGAAAGCGAAAGGGAUCGCUUCCCCACUAUGGUUGAAAUGGACCGGUGGGACCUGCCGGUAUGAAAAAGACUCCCGGUUGACUGAUUUACAGAUCGCCAAUCACGGAAACCCAGGGAAGAGGUACACUAUUAGAAAUGUACAAACUGUAAAUGAGCUCUUGCUGCCGGAGCAGUCGAUGGAUGUCACCGUUCUCAAAGAAAAUUAUCAUCACCUACGUCGAUUACCACUCCAAUCAUAUCGUAGUAUACGUCCGAGGAUGUUGAUUGGCGCCAAUAAUGCGUUUCUAAUAAACACAAUAAAAAGCAAAGAAGGAAAUUCGCACGAUCCCAUCGCCGUGAAAACAAGACUUGGGUGGACGAUUUAUGGUGGGAGAGUAACGAAGGUAACCGAAGACGUCGCACAUCAUUGCUGUCAUAUAUGUGAGACCCCGGUUGACGAUCUACACAACGCUAUGAAACAGUUCUUCGCAUGGGAGAGCUUGGGUAUAAGCAAGCCGGAGAGAAUUCUGAUAUCGUCGGAAGAAGAACGGGCUAGGGAGUUGCUGGAAGGUUUAACCAAGUUACAUGAUAAUCGAUAUGAAACAGGCCUCCUUUGGAGAUACGAUAACCCACGCUUACCCGAUAGUAGACAACUUGCGAUUCGCCGGACACAAUGUCUUCAGAAACGUAUGCUGAAAGAUACGAUACUGGCUAAAAUUCUGGAUCGUAAAAUGAAAGAGUACAUAGAACGCGGCUAUGUUAGGAAACUCACAUCCACUGAACUACAGGAGCCACGUAAUCGGGUCUGGUACCUCCCAGUAUUCCCUGUCACCAACCCUAAUAAGCCGGAUAAAGUUCGCCUGGUUUGGGAUGCGGCGGCUAAAGUCCAUGGCAUCUCUCUGAACGCACUCCUACUUAAGGGGCCAGAUUUGCUAACGUCUUUGGUUAGUAUAUUGUAUCAAUUCCGCGAAUUUCGCAUAGCACUGAGUGGUGACAUCCGCGAAAUGUUCCACCAGAUUGGAAUAAAUUCAAGCGAUCAACACUGCCAGAGAUUUUUCUGGCCGGAGAAUGGUGGUGAAUUGACAGUUUAUAUCAUGCAAGUCAUGACAUUUGGAGCAUGUUGUUCUCCAUCAAGCGCACAAUAUGUUAUGAAAAGAAUGCCGCACGAUUCGCUCAACAAUUUCCUGCUGCAGUGGAUGUAA